AUGCACUGGGUCGCGCUCCUGCGGUACGAGUACAGCGAGUCGCGCCGUCCGAGGCCCUCUGCGCUCCACCACCUCGCCUACGGCACCAACAGGCGCAUCCGCCGCGCCGCCCUCCCCCUCCUCUGCCGACAACCCGACGAGUUCGAGUACGGCACGCCGCAGCAGGUGUGGAUGCCUGGCGAGGGCCUCGUCGACCGCGAUAACUACGCGCGCGCAUGGCGGCAAGCGCGACAACUCUCGGCGCACCCGCCGUCCAGCCAGACUCGCCUCGAAUUGGUCGCCUACCACCGCCUCGCCAACAUUCCGCCUCUGCCGUUUCACCACGUCAAGCAUCUCGAGCUUCGGCGACCUGUACCAGAACACAUCGACGACAAGGUCGCGAGCGCUUACUUGGACGCGUUCCCGGCGCUCACGUCGCUCAAGGUCGUCGAGCCGGGCGAGUUCUUCUUGCGCGACUUGCGCCUCGCCGACCUGUCGCUCGUCGUGCGACCUCGCGCCUCGAUCAACAUGAGUAGUUUGUCGUCGAUGUGUCGCGGCCUGCGACGCCUCGAGAUCGAGGUCGUACGCCGACCUCGACCCGGCGAGCCGGUCGUCAAGUUCCCGCUCGUCGUCUUCCUGCGCGAGAACACCUUUCCGAUUGACAGCAUCUUGCGCGACCUGUCGCUCUCGGUCCGCCUCGACCCGACCCUGCGCUCCUUCCCUCAGCCCAUGCGGCCCAUCGUCGAGGCCCUCAGGAAGACGUUCGGCUCGUGCCGUCUCACGUCGCUGUCGCUCGACGACUACACGACCUGCGCGCCGCAAGACCUCGCCGUCCUCGCCACGACCUUUCCGACGCUCGAGUGCCUCUCGCUCCCCGACAGAACGACCUGGGACGGCUCCCGAGCCGACCUGCUCGCCGCGCUCGAGCCUCUCACCGCCCUCAAGAAGCUCUCCUGUCGCCUUCUUCCCGUCACACCCGCUUCGACGUACGAUACGCCGCCAAGUGCCACCUCUUCUCCAGCCACUCUAGCUGCCGACGACGCGCAAGAGCCCGACACAGCCAACGACGCCGCCGCCGCCGCCGACGACGACGCGCUGUUCGCCUCGCCACACGCGAUCGCGCUCGAGGCGGCCGCGCACCUGCCGCACCUCGAGCUGGUCGGUUUCAUCGGGCAGCACUGCGGGACCGAGUGGGUGCGCGUGUACAGGGACGAGCGCGGGAGGCCGGACGCGGUCGAGGGCGUCAGGUUGGUCGAGAUGGACUUGGACCGGCCGUAGCGGAGCGAGAUGGCGAGGGUGCACUGUAUGCUGUCGCUCGCC